AUGAAUCGUCUUGAUCCGGCUCAUCCGUACAACAAUGAUAACGAUGAAGACGAUUUGUACGUGACUAUGAUGUACCGGUAUUAUACAGACAACCUACUACAACCAGAUCCAAGUCCACUACUCACGCGACGUGCGGCGUUAGAUAAAGAUCGUGAGGAAGGGCAUAGACGGCUAGUUAACGAUUACUUUGCCGAAAAUUAUGUCUACCAGCCAAGCGAUUUCAAAAGAAGAUUCCGUUUGUAUGAAUUUUUCCAAAUGAGAUAUGAUGCUAGAGGCAAACGAGGCUUCACAGGGUUGCAAAAAUGUGUUGCUGCAAUAAAACUUAUGGCAAUGGGAGAGUCGCCCAAUUUUGUUGACGAAUAUAUGAGAAUGUCUGAGAGGACCGCACGAGAAAGUUUGUAUUUAUUGGCAAGAUGUGUUGUUGAAACCUUCGGUGACCAAUACUUGCGCAAACCUUCGUUGCAUGAUAUGCAACAACUAUAUGCGGUGCAUGAAGAAAGACAUGUGUAA